GACGUCACCCACAGACUGAAGCUCUUCCUCAGCUUCUGCAUAUUGUGACGCAGUAUCAGACAUGGGCCUUAAAACAUCUGCGCGCUCUGUAUUACAUCUAUCCACAGAGCUAUCGCGCUUUCCUCUGAAUUCAGGCAGUCUGGCUAAUACCGCUGACAGGGUAUUAUCCAUGAUUGCCGCCAUGUCCUGCAAAGUAAUCGCUAUGGGCGUCUUUGAUGUACUUGGCGCCAUUUUAGCGUGAGUCCCUUGAGCGGGAGUCAAAGGGUCCGACACGUGGGGAGAGUUAGUCGGCAUAACUUCCCCCUCGUCAGAAUCCUCUGGUGAUAAUUCUUUUAAAGAUAACAGCUGAUCUUUAUUGUUUAAAGUGAAAUCAAUACAUUUAGGGCUCCAUGUACUAAGCCGUCAAUUCAUCCGUCAUUUUAGACGCGGCUAAACUCGCCGUUACUCGCCGCGGGCGAAAUGGUGUCCGCUGUAGCUAUGUACUAAUAAUCCCACAAUAAAUAGACACCUCUAGCCCGCCGCGAGCAGUGGCGGAAUAUUGAUAAAUUUGACGCCUCGCUCGCCGCGAAUAAGCUGAUGUACUUAACUUUCAGUUCAAUUGUCUGGCCAAUUGUUAACACGUGACAUGUAAGGUGUCAUGAACGUCAUAGUAGAUGCGGGAAUAGAAUUUUGCUCCUAUAAAUGGACAAGUUUUCUAAACAACUGUAUUAUUGUUCCAAAAUUUUUGGAGAGUAAUUACAGAGCGCUCGUUUUUGUGAUCUUUAUUUACUAUUUCGAUAUGGCUUCAUCUGGAUCUGAAACCGCUUCAAAAUCCAAGAAUCCUCACUUUUCUCAUCAGCAAAACGUCGUUUUGAUUGAUAUGAUUAUUGACUCUUAUGAUUAUUUGUUUGGAUGUCGUGUCAAACAGACAAAUUUUUCUAGAAGGAAGCAGAUCUGGCAAAGGAUCAGCGACGCUGUUAGUGCCCAGGGUCCAGGAAAAAAGGAUGUCGAUCAGCUGAAGAAGCGUUACAACGACAUCAAACGCUUCGCCAAAGCUAAAUUGGCCAGAGAGAAAAAUUCGGCACGUGCUACCGGAGGUGGACCAGCAUAUGUGGCCGACCUCAAUGACUAUGAGCAGAAGCUUGUUCAGCGUCUGGGACCGGAGAUCAUCACUGGCAUAACCGAUGAUUGUGACAGUGAUUUAAGAGCGAUGCCAACAACAGCAGAGCCUGUGAGGAGUAACGAAGUGCCCACUUGUUCUACUUCUUCUUCUGCGGUUUCAAGACCACCCAGUGCAGCUGUUUCCAGACCUUCGGCCAGUUUUACACAUGGACAAUUAAUACGCUCAUCAUCUAAUGUUACACACACAACUUCCUCGGCGGACACACUUCCUGAUCUAAGGACCAGCACUCCACAAACUGGUGUUGGUAGAUCAACUGGUGAUUUGGGACGUCUUUUCCAGGGAUUGACUGGACAUUCAUCUCCAUUAUUUGAUGAAGAAAACUCAUCAAGGGAGAUCACUAUCAAUCUCAUGCCGAUAGUGGAAAAUCCCAUUCAAGAUGAACCACCAGGAGGGCAUGAUGGAAGUGAGACUCCAGAUAUUCUUGAAGAUUUGGGAGAUGCGCAACCGGAUGAAAUUCACACACCAGAAAACAUUGAGGAACCUGUUGAAACACAGGCACCACCAAUUGAACUGCAAACAGGUGGUGUAAAUAUUGACAAUACACCGGCAGAAGGACAAUUGGGCGAUGUUGCAUUGAGGGAAAUGUUGACACUGGCAAGGCAAUACAGAGAGGACCACAGAGAAAUGCAAAACAUUAUUAACACAAAUAUUGAACGCUGGGCUGCUCUGUCAGAAAAAAAUGUGGAAAUCGAAAGGCAAAGGAAUGAGAUAGAGAUGCAGAAAUUACAGCUGCAAAGAGAGAUGUUCCAGUGGCAGAGGCAGAUGGAUGAAGAGAAAAACCAUCAAAUUAACAGAGCUUUGAGCAUCAGCGAAAGGACAUUACAAUCUCUGUUGGCUAUUGUCAGUGAAAGGGAGGCUACAACAGACCCAAAGAGGCCACGUCUGGAGUGAACAUUUUGUAUUAUUUAGUCACUGUUAAUUUUUUUACUCUGUAUAUUGUUUACUAAGUUAUUUUUGGUGUAUUUUUAAGGGACACUGUACUCAAAUUUUUUCUUUUGUGAUUCAGAUAGGGCAUGCAAAUUUGAUAAUAGGAGUACAUUUGAAAGUUGCUUAAAAUUGCAUGCUCUAUCUGAAUCACAAAAGAUAAAAUUUGGAUACAGUGUCCCUUUAAGUUUAAAAUGUUAGUCACUGUUAAUUUUUUUACUCUGUAUAUUGUUUACUAAGUUAUUUUUGGUUUAUUUUUAAGGGACACUGUACUCAAAUUUUUUCUUUUG